UGCAAACAUACACAUGAACACUUUUAGACGCACACACAUGCACACAGUGGAUGUAUUGGCACAGGAGAGAGGGAGGGAGUGUAUCAGUGUGAAAGAGAAGCAGACAGAGGAGAAACAAACUUAGUGAGAGAACGAAAAGAAAGAUCAGUGUGUGUAUUAAGAGUGUGUGUCCAGGAGAAAACACAGCCUCAGAGUGUGUGUGCUUCUGUGUAGAGUUUAUUGGAAAAGGCUGCACGUUUGCUCCCAGGAGAAAGGGAUUCACAAUGACUGGAAGAACGUGACGGAUUUUUUCGUCAGUCAGUGCCGGGGAAUAUUCUUUGGAAUACUUUUGGAUAUGUGACCUGAUCAGGAAAUCCUAUUUUUCUUCAGACCUGUGCUUCACAUAUAUAAAACUCAGUCUCGGUACUUUAAUUUCUGUUGAAGGAGAGCCAAACCACAAUGCCUACCGACGACUAUAACUACCUACCUGAUGCUUUGCCUCCUCUUCCUGAAGUCCCGGACUCCGGCUCGGUCCUGAGCUCCGUUGACAUCCCGGCUCGCUGCCUCCGCAACCCGGCCUUCCGCCACGCCUCCUCGCGUUACUGCUCCGCCCACAGCAUGGACUCCUCACCCGACAGCACAGAAAGGCCGAUCAGCUACAGCUCCACCUCCUCCUCCGCCUCCUCCAGGGACAGUCACUGCUCGCUGGGCAGCCGCUCCACACUCGUGCCCACUCCCCACUGCAACCCAGCGACCCCAGACCGGGACUCCGGGGCCAUUCGGUUGGAACUGGUCCCGGCCCGGCAACUCGGAUGCGGGGAUGAGGAUGACAGGAAUGAUGGAGGGAUGGGCAGACAGAGGAGUGGACAGACUCCGACAGAACACUCGGAGCCGGAGAUGAGUCCAGAUGGAGGAGAUCGGACGGGGCAGGUACAGGGACCCAGGACGUAUGUGGACAGGGUGGUGCAGGAGAUACUGGACACGGAGAGAACAUAUGUACAGGACCUGCACAGUAUAGUUCAGGAUUACUUGGAGUGUAUCAGCAACCAGUCUCGCCUGGCUCUGAGCCCAGAGGAUAAAGGCUCUCUAUUUGGCAACAUCCAGGACAUCUACCGCUUUAACAGGGACCUCCUUCACGAUCUUGAAAAGUGCAAUGCCGACCCCGUCGCCAUAGCGGAGUGCUUCGUGUCCAAGAGUGAAGAAUUCCACAUUUAUACCCAGUACUGCACCAACUAUCCACGGUCGGUGGCUGUGCUAACAGAGUGUAUGAGGAAUAAGGCGUUGGCCAAGUUUUUCCGCGAGCGUCAGGAAUCUCUGAGGCACUCCUUGCCCUUGGGCUCCUACCUGCUCAAGCCAGUGCAGAGGAUCCUCAAGUACCAUCUUCUGCUGCAUGAGAUAGCCAACCACAUGGAGAAGGACACCGAGAUCUAUGAGGUUGUCCAGGAAGCUAUAGACACCAUGCAGAGAGUGGCCUGGCACAUCAACGACAUGAAGAGGAAACACGAGCACGCUGUGAGGUUGCAGGAAAUCCAGAGUCUGCUAACGAACUGGAAAGGCCCUGACCUGAUCGGCUAUGGGGAGCUGGUUCUUGAGGGCACGUUUCGUCUGCAGAGGGCCAAAAACGAAAGAACUCUGUUCCUGUUUGACAAGCUUCUACUGAUUACCAAGAAACGAGAGGAAACCUACACGUACAAGGCUCACAUUCUGUGCUGUAACCUCAUGCUGGUGGAAGUUAUUCCUAAAGAACCAUUGAGUUUCAGUGUGUUUCACUACAAGAACCCCAAACUGCAGCACACAGUCCAGGCUAAAUCACAGCAAGACAAGCGCAUGUGGAUCUUACACCUCAAAAGACUCAUACUUGAAAACCAUCCUGCCAAAAUUCCUGCCAAGGCCAAACAAGCCAUCUUGGAGAUGGAUGCAAUGCAUCACCCCGGGUUUCACUAUAGUCCUGAUGGUGACAAGAAGGACUCCCCUCAAACUAAGGAGGGCCCUACUCCUCGUAGAGGACGCAGAAAAGAGCCUUUAUCUAAAUUAUUGAAGAAUGCUAAGCAGAACGCAGCCAACGCUGAUGGAGAAAAGAGAACGAGUCUGGGUGCCACCCUGCUCUCUCCAGUGUCCCAGCUGGCUCUGGGCACCAUCGGUCGAAGUCGCAGCCUCAUCAACCAAUCACAGGAGUCGCUGGACCCCGGCGAUCACUACGACCACAGCGACAGAGAAGAAGGGGAGGAGCCUCAUCAACAGGAUGCCGAUGAUGAGGAUGACAGUGGCCUUGGAGGUGGAAAGAGGCUGAGAGUCCCUGGAAAAAACAGCAGGAAGAGGUUGAACCCUCAGGCGUCUGUCGACAGUAUAGAACAGUGGAAAUCCUUCAACAUGAGCCCCUCUGACCUACAGAGAGCCAGAGAAUCACUCGUAAGAGAAGGAAGUCACCACCCACCCCUGGUCAGGACCCCUCAUGUUACAGAGGAACCCCCAGACUCCCCUAUUCCCUCAGUCAUCGUCACAGAAAGUGACCACUCAGUCAGAAACAUCUGGGCAGACCACCGAGCUCGCAGGGCGAUGUUCCCCACCCGUCAGCGAACGAUGCAGCCCGACGAUGAGGAUGAGGAUAUCUACCAGAUGUUUGUUCCCACAGAACCAAGUGGACCGGAACCGGAGACCCCCACAGAGAGGCCAGAGGCCCCGUCGUCACCCAGGACAGCCCGACCCUGCAGCUGGCACGUGGAACAAGUGCCCACGGUGCAGAUCGACCCCCCACCCAAUGGGGGCCGAGUCCUGCGGAGGGCGAGCAGCGCAGGGGAGAAGGCGACCGAGGCCAAAGAAAGUCCUGAUGAUGACCAGUCUGGACACAGUAACCUAGAAGUGAUCCACACCGAGUCUUCUAGCAACGACAUAUCCGGUUCGUCCUCCGCUGAGCAGCUGACUAUAGAUGAUAUUGAAAACGUAUAUGACAAUAUCAGCUACGAGGACCUGAAGAGCAUGGGGCUUAUCAGGAGAGACCCAGAGGAAUCACGGAAGGAGACGUCUUCAGAUGCUCAGGCAGCAAGGGUACUAAAUGCUCCAGAAGUCCCUGCUCGGACAGAGUCUAGGAUCGAACCGGACAGUUCCUCUGAAAGCAACCGGUCCUCCACGCAGGACGGGAGACCAUUUGGGUCAUGUGAGCUCAAGAUAGUUGAGGAAAACAUCUAUGACACGAUCUGUUUCAGGGAUCCUCCAUCAAUAGAGACUAAGGCAACGAAUGAAGGCAAUAAAAUACAACAAGACAGGGACAGUCUGCUGGCUUCUGAGCAGGACCUGACUGAAAGCCUUGGAGGGUUUGUAUCUGAGGAGAGCCUCCACUUCGGAGAGGAUGAAGGUCCAGAUGCCUCCCAUCCUGCCCCGUGUUGUUCAGAACCAGAUUAUUCAUCAUCAUCUGCUUCAGAAACCUUUCCACAGCGCUCACAGAAAGGUGAUAAGAUGUCAGAGCAGGUCGAUGAGAUCUGGAACGACCUGGAAAACUACAUCAAGAACAAUGAGAAGAAAACAGACCGGCUUCCAGCGGCGUUUCCUGUUAGUGCCAGUGAGUCGCCGAAGAGGACCCCCUCAGUUAAGAACAGCCCGACAAAGAGCCCCCCUGUAGUGAGCCCCCAGGCAGCCAGCCCCCCUACCAGAAGUCCCCCAUCCCAUCAGCCUAGACCCCCACCCAUAUCCUCCACACCAUCCUUCACCAUCCCUGUCAUUAACCUCCCUGAACCUCAAAAUGAAGGUCCUAAUGAAGAAGAAACCCACUCCCCUGUUCCCACCCCACAACCCCUUCCUGUCACACCAGAACCUGCUCCAGGAACAGUAAAGAGCAUUCGGAACCGUCUGGCUCGACUCAGCAGCGGCAGUUUCCGCCUUGAGGACGAUGACCUGGUAGAGCUUCCUCCACGAAAUGCCCAUCAGAGGGAUCAUCCACUCAAAGACCUCCAUAGUUUAUUUCCAGGAGAGCUGGCAGGUCUAGACUCACCACUAGCCUCCUCCUCACUCCUGCUGGGUGAGUCUGUGGACUUCCCCUUGGAGCUGAUGGACAAAAACAAGAGCCGGGUGUUUCUGAUGGCACGGCAGUACAGUCAGAAGAUCAAGAAAGCCAACCAGCUACUGCGCAUGAGGAGCAUGGACCCUGGAGAUUCUUGUAGUCGGGCCAGAGCUGAGAAGAAACAGAAAGACCUGGCGGCCAUUUUGGAGGAGAAGAAGCAAGGAGGUGCAGCCAUAGGUGCCAGGAUAGCCGAAUACUCCCAGCUGUACGAUCAGGUCAUGUUUAGGGACACUCCUGGUUCAGCGGGUCAGGCCACUGCUGCUCCACAUCACUCCCAUCCAGGACUGCUAACCUCUCCGUCCAUGCCCGAGACCUCGCUGGACGACGACUGGCUCCACUCAACCUACAGCAAUGGAGAGCUGGCCAGCUUCGUCUCCUCUACCGGUGACGUGGGAGAUGCUCGUGCAUCGUCCACCCCGCAGCGCAGACUUACCUCCGCCUGCUCCAUCCCUGCUCUCAAGACUUUCCCUUCGUCACCAACAACCCCGCCACCACCUCAGAGGUGGAGCUCAUGCAUGUCGGCGCCAAGCGACAAAGAGGAGCACGUGUACAGCUCAAUUAAGAGACAUCCUUCCUUUAAUGCGCCGUCUAUGCCCUCGUCCAACGCUUCCAGUCAGUCGGUUAGCUGCCUGGACAGUCAGCAGCAGGAGAAGAACAACCAGUCUGGACUCAAAAGUAACGGACCCGCCUUGGACCGACUCCACGGCCCCAGUCUGGGUCGCAUCGGUCGGCAGAGUAGCCUCCCAGAACGGUCUUCCCAGGGGCAGUCGGACCUCACCUUACACGACGGUCAGCAGGUGGUGGUCCUGAAUCGGGCCUCUGCACUGAGCAUACUCAACGCCACUCAGAACUAUCUGGCUAACUUCAAGGACAAUGGGGAGGAUGACGACGACUAUGUGGAGAUCCGCUCUGAGGACGAGAGUGAACACGAGCAUGAGCGGUCGGCACAACGAAACAGCGGCGGCAGCGGCAGCGGCAGCGGCAGCUCAGUGAUACUUUCCAAACAGAACCGUGGUCUGGUCCAGUCCCAGAGUCUGCCCUGCACACCGAUGCACUCCUGUGAUCCACUCAGAUCUCUGGAGCGUGAACACCUGGAGAAAUACCUGUGGAGCGAGCCACAGCAGAACCAACCCAACAUCGUCCAGUCUCUGAGGGAGAAGUUCCAGUGUCUGAGCUCCAGCAGCUUCGCCUGAGUCUAUAUGACAACACGAAAGCCAAAUAUAUAUUAAUAUACAGCAUAUAGCAACACAGGGGACACUGCUGCUUUGUCUUUAAUGACCCUCAUCUGUAUCAACAUCAUAGAACACCAACAACUCAAUUAUAUCCCAUCUUUCUGCAUAGGUCAGGAGCUAUUUCUUUGACUGCAGCCAUAUUUUUAUGUGAAUACCUAUACUUUCUGUUACAGGGCUUCAAAGUAAAACACAAUAGGUUACUGUUAACGCCACAUCCAGUCCUGCAUGUGAGUUGCCUUAGCACUUCAAAAAAAUCUUCUCAAGUACAUUUUAAGAAGCGAUGAUCUGGUGAGGGGCGGCGCUAACAAGAAGUGUGACAGUAUUAGAUUUUAAUAUUCAAAGGAGUUUCCCGCUGCUUUCCGUUUCAGGCUUCUACAGAAUGACUUUCAGUAAAAACGAAGGAUUUAUGCCGAUAAACAUCCAAAAGUAUAAGCAUUAAAGAUGUGAAGAUUUUUGGUGGAUUUGAUCUCUCCAUGUCAGGAGCGCUACUUCGAUCUCUUUUCUUUUAAUUUUGCUGUUAAGGUUAUUUUAACUUCCAGCAGUAGGAAAUCUUAACCUGUAAAGGCGUGCCAGACCACGUGAGAUGUUUUCCAAUGUUUCCAGUGGUGGUUAGUGUUUUUAAUCGUGCUUACUCUAUGAAACAGUUCUCAAUACGCAGCUUUAUGAAUUCGCUGUUGAAAUUUGCAAUCUUCAGAUUCGCUGCUCAGGCUAGAGUGUCACUUUUAACAGCUUUUUUUAGCAGUAAUUGUAAUGAACAAAGGAUGCAACACUAAAGAAACAUUUUGGCUAGUGUGAGAGCCAAUAGGUUAAGUGUAAUUAGACUAGACUUUGACGUGUAAGUCUAUCUGAAGUCUUAUUGUGAUUCAGCCUUCAAACCACCUUUUUCAAUAAUAGGGUAUCAUGCUUUAAAACCAAGAGAAGAUGCUGAUAUUAUAGACGAUCUAUAAGAAACUAGAAUCCAUAUUUAUUUUUAAUCUGUGAGCAAAUCUUACUAUGGUCUGGAAGCAUCCAUUUUGUGAAAUGUGUCUCUGCAAGUGGAUGAUUGUUUUUUUUUUUUUUUUAUCUUACUAAUUUUAACUUUUUUUUGUUUAUAAGAGGGACCACGAAGGAGAGCAUUAUGGAGAGUUUAGUUAAAACACUACAGUACUGUAUUUAAUGUAAAUUUUGUGUAUUUUUUUUUUUUUUUAUUUGGUUGGUCAACUGUUUUUUGUUUACUUUGUUUACGUUUAUGGGACUCUCCCAACUGCCGCACUACUGACGUUGCAAUCACUCUCACGAAAAGAUGUUAAAAGACAAACACAAAGAAAACACAACAAUAAAGUUCCAACAGCACAGUUAUUUUUGGUCCGUCUGAAGCAAACCCUGUUCUACACACUUUUUUAUUUCUUUGUAAAACUCACUUUAUGUGCCCUAUUUAUUUGAAAGCAUCUCCGUGAUAUUGUCCCUUAUCACUUAACUUCAGUCCACAAACACGAUGUAAAUGAAAGUGAAUCUUAUUUAUUUAAAGGCUUAAGGGGCACUCACAAAUUUGACUCAAAUACUGUGAACAUUAUCAGAAAAUAGUAGUUCUCUAUGACGCAUUACUUAAUUCAAGUUCAGAUUACAAUAACAUGAAAAAGCAACAAUAUCAUGGCCUGCUGUUCAUUUGAAAUCUGUUCAUUUGAGGAAAUGUGCAUCAAAACACGUUACGAAUAUGAAGUAUGUAUUUUUUUUUGGUUGUUUCAUUGUACUUUCGAGUCUCUGUUUCACUGGUGGGGAUUGUCAGUCAUCAUUGACUCUUUUUUGCACUUUUCUGUCUUUUUUUACAUUUUACUUGUAAACACUUUGUAAAGAUGUACAUUUUAGGAACAUUAUUCUUGUAUGCCAUAGGUAUGCUUUAUAAUGCUUUAAUGUUUAAGUUAAGUGUACUGUAUUUUUUUAACUGCUUAGUUGUUAUUGCUCAACAAAACUGUACUGGAGAUAAUAAAUUCAGAUUAAACUAA